AGUAAACAAAUUUCUUCCAGUUCAGUGAGUCCCAUUGUCAGCCUAAGAUGGCCCACACUGCUCGCAGCGAUGAAGAAAAGAGAGAGUAUUUUGAUCCUCCAGACGUCCUGGAGGAGAAAGUUGAUAUGCUAGUCCAGUGGAUAAAGGACAGCAAGCACAUGAUUGCAUUUACAGGAGCUGGAAUAAGCACUGGGGCUGGAAUACCUGAUUUCCGAAGUGGAAUGGACACUAAAUUGAGUACUGGUCCUGGUGCUUGGGAGCUGAGGGCUCAAGGUGCCUCCAGAGAUAGAGCCAAGUAUCGUACAACGUCCACUACCAAAGCAAUUCCCACACCGACCCAUAUGAUGUUUGUUAAACUGCAAGAAGAAGGGAUACUGAAAUUCUGUGUAAGUCAAAACACUGACGGCCUCCAUAGGAGGAGUGGUUUACCUAAAACAGCAUUGGCCGAGCUACAUGGCAACAGUAACCUUGAGGUGUGUCAGAAAUGUGGGCGAGAGUAUUUAAGGGACUUCCCCACUCGGACAGCAUUUGGUAUAUUUGCUCAUGAGACUGGCAGGAAGUGCGAUGAUCGUAAAUGCCGUGGUCCUCUUUGUGAUACCAUCAUUAAUUUUGGGGAAAAUUUACCUGAAGCUGAUUUAAACAAGUCCUUUAAAGAAGGAGGGAUAGCAGACCUUUGUCUAGCAAUGGGGUCAAGUUUGACAGUCACUCCUGCAGCUCACAUACCAAGACUCGUCUCGGAAAGUGGCAGGAAACUAGUUAUAGUCAACCUGCAGAGAACAGCAUUGCACAGUAUGGGUACACUCUGUAUUCAUGCUAAAUGUGAAGAAGUGUCGACAAUGGUAAUGAAGAAGCUUGGAUUACCCAUACCUGAGUUUCGAUUAAAGAGACUAGUCCUUAUUACCACGUCACAUUGCGAGGAUAAAGGAGAAGUGGAAGUGGCCAUUGAAGGACAGGACGCUUUUGGAUAUAUAUUCUCUUUUUUAACUGGUGUUGACAUGACUGAGAAUGGUGGUCAUGGACGUACGCAUCAUCUUAGAGAGCCGUUUGGUAUCAAGCUUCCAUGGAAGCCGACAGAUCCGUCUGGAGAAGAGAUGAAAGUUGAGCUCACGUUUCAUUUCCAGGGCCAUUAUGGCGAGCCCUCCAUAGCCAGGAACCUCGUGAUAAAGAAAGGAAUGAAAGAUAAGCUUUCUUAUCUCAAGCUGUCGUACAAUCCAUUCAAUGGGCAGUGGACUGUCACUGACGAAGAAAGUAAGGUUGAAGGUGAGGGCAGAGUCUCUGAGCAGCUGGAAAAGGCUUCAAUAAAUUAAAGAUUAUUUUUAAAAAUUAAAAUAACAAUAAUAAUAAUAAUAAUAACAAAAAUUAGAACAUAGCACCAAUUAACACAAAUUUUGUAAUGUUUGAUCUGCAUCAAUUUUUAUCAAGUUUUUAAACUUAAAAAA